UGGAGAGAGAAAUUUCCAUAUAAAAGAAACAUAUUAGAGGGAGAGAGAGAAACAGAGAAGAUUUGCCCUCAUCUUUUAGACUUCAAUUAAAAAAAAAAUCUAGAGAGAAAAUAGCUACAGUACUAUAAAUUAGAGGGAGAGAGAGAGGAAAAAAGGGAAAAAUUGAAGCUCCGAGAAGAAGAUUAAGAUAGAUGACUAUGUAAUUUUUCUCUUUUUAACUUUGCAUUUUCAUUUUAGAUCAUAGAGAGAGAAAGUGUUAAAAAAGUGAUUAAAUAAUAAUCAUAAUUUGUAAUAACCAUAAUACGUAUCUAUACAUAUAUAGAAGGUGUGUUUGUGUGUGUAUUUUGUGUAUCAGAUCUUUUUAUAAGAGGGAGAGAGAGAGAGAGAGAGAGAGAGAGAGAGAGAGGAGUAAACAGAGAUAUCGUGUGACUGCUGUUUUUUUUAAUUGUUGUUGCUUUUCUUUUGUAUCAGUAAAAAGGGGAAAAAAACCUAUAUAUGUAUAUAUAUAAAUAUAUAUAUAUAUAUAUCGUGGUCAAUUUGAGAUUGAGUAAAAAAUUGGGAGGCGGAGGGUGAGAUAUCAGAGGUGAUUGGGAAAAUUAGGAAUUGAUGUUGUUGGAUUGCGGUGGAUUGUGUCGGUGGUGGCGGCGGCAGGGGGAUGGCAGCCAGGCGAAAAGAACGGAGCGUGGAUGAGUUGUAUAAUGCGACGGAGGUGAUUCGGAAACCUAAGAUCACAUCAGUAUUGAGAGGGAGUAAUCGUAUGCAAGGACCACUAGAAGAAACUGAAGAAGAUAUUGAGAAGAACAUGUUACCACCGCAUUCUGAGAAGAGAUUAGGCAAGCGUUCCAUGAGACGGAAGGCUCGUACAAGAGCAGAGUCUGGGACUUGUAACGUGUGUUCUGCUCCUUGUUCAUCUUGUAUGCAUCUUAAGCUAGCCUGCAUGGGGACAAAGGAUGAUGAAUUUUCAGAUGAAAACUGCCGUAUAACUGCUACAAGUCAAAAUUCUAUUAAUGAGAACGAGAUUUUGCCUGUUAGAAAUAGAGCAUGUGACAGCUUACAGCAUACCACUAGUGAAGCAAGUAACCUGCUCAGUGUCAAUUCCAGUCAUGAUUCUUUAUCUGAAAAUGCUGAAAGUAAAGCAAAUAUAAGGUGCUCUGAUAUUGCUGAUGCCUUGGGUGGCACUAAGAUGCUGCCAAAAUUGACCUUUGGUGGAAAUGUUGCACGCGAUCAACUUUAUGCAAAACCACAGUGCAUGGUGGAUCAGACAACUUUCUCAAAUGACUAUCCCAAGGUUGUGGAAGGCCAUGAUGAUAACAUAUCAUGUGUUAGUAGAGCUGAUGAUGGCAGUACAGCAGUGAACCUAAAUAACAAGAAUGUAGACAAGAAGAAUUUAUCAUGUAGUUCAGUUUUAGUUAGUAGUUUAGGACCUGAAGGAUCUGGAAAGUCACUGAUUUCCCCCAAGCCAGAGUUGUUAGAGAUUCCUUUAAAUGGCUCAGAUGCUGGCACUAGUUCACCAAAGGUACAGAGUGGGUGCCCAUUCUCCAUUACAAAUGGUACACAUAUGGAAGAAGAUAUGAAGUUAGAUAGAUCCAAGGGCUCAAGUCAGUUUCAUCCAAAGACAGAAGUAGAGGUCAAAAGGUAUAUAGGAGACCAACAGGAUGAAAAAUUUAAAUGUUCUAACCAAGUUGAACAAGACGAGAAGUCAAAUGAGUCGGUUGAGUUACCUGAUAUGCAAGACCAUGUUUCGCAAUCUGUGUCAGGGGAUGAAAGCGAUGAGUCAGAAAUUGUGGAACAUGAUGUAAAAGUAUGUGAUAUUUGUGGGGAUGCUGGACGGGAGGAUUUGCUUGCUAUAUGUAGCAAGUGCUGUGAUGGUGCAGAACAUACCUAUUGCAUGCGAGAAAUGCUUCAGAAAGUGCCUGAAGGUGAUUGGUUGUGUGAAGAGUGUAAGUUAGCGGAGGAAACAGAAAACCAGAAGCAAGAUGCUGAGGGAAGAAUAAUGAACAAAGAAAGCAUACAAAGCUCCAUGAAGAGACCUGCAGAAACUAUAGAGGUGGCUUUAGCUUCAAAAAGGCAGGCUAUCGAAUCAAGUUUUGGAUCACCGAAGUCCUCUAGCCCCACAAGAACAGCUGCACUAUCUCGGGAUAGUUCAUUCAAGGGGUUGGAUAAAGGGAAAGUAAAACUAGCUCAUCAGACUGCUUCUGCUAAUCAUUCCAGUAUGGAUAUUUCGGAAACUGCACGCUCUUCUUAUAUUGUUCCAAGACUUCAAACAACCAAGGGUAGGGAAAGUACUCUAUUGAAAUCCAAUUCAUUCAAUACAUUCAAUUCUAAACCAAAAGUGAAACUUGUCGAUGAGGUUCCUCAAAAGCAAAAGGGCAAUAGAGAUCUUGAAAUGAAGGAAGGAACUGCUAGGAUGAUGAGCAAAUCUAUGUCUUUUAGGUCAGUGAACUCAGGGCGUUCCAAUGUUGCUGAGUCAAAAGUUAAAAUGCUUUCAUCAAAAUUUUCUCAAGGUCAAGAUAUAAAAGGAUUGAAACAAGUGAAAGAGCGGAAUGCGUUGGAACAUAAAAGUUUGUCUAAACUGGAACGUCCUCUAGGUAGUUCAGUGACAACUAGUUCCAAUGCCUCUGGGCCCAAGGUCAAUCAAAAGCUCACACCUCGUGGCGAAGGUGUCAUGGUAUCAUCUGCAUGCAACAAUUCAGAUUCAAAGGCUUCCCUAUCUGAUGGAAAAUCGGGUGGCUUAUUGAGAUCAACCAGCAGUUUAGCACGUAAAGGUGCAGAGAUUCCUGCUAGUUCUGUUCGAUCUUCAUUGGCAAAUGGAAUGAGCAAUGCUUUUGUUGAACAAAAGUUAAAUCAAGUUAGCCCAAAGGAUGAACCUUCUUCCAGUUCUUCUUGGACUGCUGAGCGACCGUCCAACAAUAUCGACGACAAUUUGCAAGAUGGUUUAUCUCGCUCACGGGAAUCAUCAAACCAGAGUGAGAAAAGUAGAGAAAGUUCUGUUAAUCGCUCAAGGCCUAGUGUUACUGGUCUGAAAACUGUCACUUGUCUCAAGUGCAAGGAAAUUGGACAUACUGCUGAAUUUUGCUCAAUUGUUAGUCCUCGGGCAUCUGGUGCUGAUACAUCUGCAAGAAGUGUUAGGGAGGACAUGGGCAAAGGCAGUAAGUUGAAAGCUGCAAUUGAGGCUGCUAUGCUUAAGAAGCCAGGAAUAUUCAGAAAGAAGAAAGAAAGUGAUGAAUCCGAUGGGCUAUCCUCAUCAAAUGUGGAUGUGACUUCUGAGAUAGCUUCUCAUGAUCAGUCUCAUGAUCAGUUCUCAGUUUCCAAUAAGACGAGGUAUAUGAUUUCUGAUGAAGGAAGAGAUGAAGGGCAAGCAAAUCUUGGCUCUUCUUCCUUUGAGACUAGCAAACAGAUGUAUAGUAAUAAUGUGAAGCAGCUUAAUAUUCAUUCUACUGAUGCUAUUAAUUCAUUCAAAGUUGCGGAUACAAAUUCUCUAGUUCCUUCUAUUGGGAAACCUGAUCGUGCAUUGACAGCAAAGCCCCUCUUUUCAAUGAUGUUGACCAUCCCAGAGCACGAAUACAUCUGGCAGGGGGCCUUGGAAGUGCGCAGGUGUGGAAAAAUUCUCGACUUAUAUAAUGGAAUUCAAGCGCAUUUAUCGACUUGUGCAUCACCUAAAGUUCUUGAGGUGGUGAACCAGUUUCCGCAUAAAAUUACCGUGGAUGAAGUACCUCGGUUAAGCACGUGGCCAAGACAGUUUCAUGAAAACGGUGCAAAAGAGGAUAAUAUUGCUCUUUAUUUGUUUGCCAAGGAUCUUGAAAGUUACGAGAAAAGCUACAGGAACCUCUUGGAUAACAUGAUUAAAAGAGAUUUGGCACUCAAAGUAUCUUUUGACGGUGUUGAAUUUUUGAUUUUCCCAUCUACUCAGCUUCCGGAGGACUCCCAGCGUUGGAACAUGUUAUUUUUCCUAUGGGGUGUGUUCCGGGGAAGGAGAUCCAGUUCUUUAGAUUCGUUAAAGAAGUCGGACUUUCCCAGUUCUUAUGUGGUGCCCCUGGAUAUAAGUACUCCGGACAAGCCAUGUAUACUUAAUGGGGAUCUUGAUAUCAAAGGCUCUAGCUCUCAGACAGACUUGGAGCAGCAAAAUGAUAGACUCAACUACAAAUCUUCGUUGAAGAAUGCAACAAAUAGUGCACUUUUAUGCUCAGAAAAUAGAUGCACUGGUUCAUCACAGGAAGAAUACAGACUAUCUACUCAGGCAGCUGGGGCCAAUAGUGGUUCUAAUAGCAGGGAGGGUAUACAGAAGCAUGCUGAUACUUCUUUUGUCAGAGACGACUCAUCAUCUGUCAAGGUUUUCCAGACCAGUAAACAAGAUGAAGGUGUCAGGGUAAUUGCUGAUAAAGAGAAAUUGAUGGAUAGAAUGAAAGUUGAUAGAGAUGAAGUUAAAGUUGAAAGGAACCUGAAUGAAGAUCCCACAGAUAUGGAUACAGAAGCUUCCUCAGGGAGAGGCGGAACCACCGAAAGGCUUGACUGCUGGCAGUCCAAUAGUAAGAAACGGUCUUAUCUGGAUCUUUCAGAGGCCCCUCAGACGUCUAGUAGCACAAGUCAAAAACUUCCAUGGGUUAAUGUCAAUGGCAUAGUAGUAGAUGGAGGGAGCAUUAGCAAGAAGCCAAAGACUGUUUUUCAUGAACAAUAUAGCUGUAUCAGCAUGAGAGAUGGAACUUCUUUGACUGAUGGUUUUGCUUCACAGAUACGGGAUUUGGGUUCGAGUUCUUCAGCUGAAGGAAAAAGCUGCGAGAGACCUGCUGAUGAGAAAGUUAUUCACGAGGAUUUGGGAACUGCUGAAAGGAAAUGGUAUUAAAAGAUGAUGCUUGUGAUUUUGGGAGGUGGUAGUAGAUUCUGCUCCACCCUUCCCAUCUUGUUCUCUCUAUGAGAAGGCAGAUGUUAUAAGUUGAAAGGAACAUGGUCAUAGUUCAAAAGAAUGCAUCUUUUUGUUGGUGCAAGGAGUUGGAGUUCUCAAUGUCUUGCUGCAUCAGUAAUUGUACUUUCGAACAAUUUAUUGUUUCUAUUGGAUGGUUCGUGCUGGGGAUCAAACUUGCUGAGCUAAUUUAUGUAUCUUAUCUAGAGAUUGUAAAUUUAUCUGUCGGCUUGUAUUGUAAAUGUUAUGUUUUGGACUUGUACAAUGUCAUGCCAGUUCAAUAGAUAAGUGUUGCUUGUGCUUUUGCGGAACUUGGAAGCUUACCUGUUCUGGGGACUUGCUUCCUGGGCACUAUUUUUAUGCUACCGAAAAGGAGUUGAGAGGUGUUUUAUUGAUAUGGGACGCUACAAUAUGUUCGCUGAAGUAAAGAUUUCUGUUCAGGCAAGCCCUUGUGGCUGUGACGAUGCUUUUGGAUUCAUCAUCCUAAGAAUCACCUUUUUCUGCUGCUGUUUACGUUGUAACGUUUGACCUUUUGAGGGUCGUUUCUUACAAGUCUCAAAAGGGAGUAUUGGAGGUUGCCUCUUCCAUAUUUAUUAUAUACGUUGCCUUUUCGGCCAGGAUAUGAAUUAUUAUUCUUUUUA